GGCGCACACGCCUCCUACCAAAAUCCCAGCCCCGUGCUGCCUGGGCUCCCAUUCACAGCUUUCUAGAGAAAUCUGAGCUCCAACAGCCAGGAUAGGGGAUCUCACCCACCCAGUUCAGCCGGGAGGACACCUGCAGAAACACGUUCCCAAAGCAAGCCGGGACUGCUGUGUGAAGUCAGCAAUGGCCUCGGUUUUGCUUCUCUUUUGGAUGGCCACCACCACCUAGGGCCUGAAUGUCCUGCUGCUUUCCAGGGACAGAAAGAAGAGCCUGUGCUUGUCUGUUUCAGUGGCAGUCUUGUAGCAGGAAAACCACUGUAUGGGCCACAUUAUCAGCAUACUGUCACGUGAAUGGGACCAGUCUCUCUUCUUCCAAAACAUCAGAAAUUAAAUACUCAGGAAAGAGAUUUGGCCAAGAUGACACAUUUGCAGGCUGGACUCAGUGCAGACACUAUAGAGAAAGCGCGCCUGGAACUCAAUGAAAACCCAGAUGUUUUGCAUCAGGACAUUCAGCAGGUCAGGGACAUGAUCAUCACCAGGCCUGACAUUGGAUUUUUACGUACUGAUGAUGCCUUCAUCCUGCGAUUUCUACGAGCCAGGAAGUUUCACCAAGCGGAUGCCUUCAGACUCCUGGCCCAGUACUUUCAGUACCGCCAGCUGAACUUGGACAUGUUCAAAAACUUCAAGGCAGAUGACCCUGGCAUUAAGAGGGCUUUGAUCGAUGGGUUCCCUGGAGUGUUGGAAAACCGUGACCACUACGGCAGGAAGAUUCUCCUACUGUUUGCUGCCAAUUGGGAUCAGAGUAGGAACUCCUUCACAGACAUCCUUCGCGCCAUCCUGCUCUCCUUGGAAGUCCUUAUCGAAGACCCGGAGCUUCAGAUAAACGGCUUCAUUUUAAUUAUAGACUGGAGUAAUUUUUCCUUCAAACAAGCUUCCAAACUGACACCUUCUAUCCUCAAACUGGCCAUUGAAGGGUUGCAGGACAGCUUUCCUGCCCGCUUUGGAGGAGUGCAUUUUGUCAACCAGCCCUGGUACAUUCAUGCCCUCUACACACUCAUCAAGCCUUUCCUUAAAGACAAGACCAGGAAACGGAUUUUCCUGCAUGGAAACAAUUUAAACAGCCUUCAUCAACUGAUACACCCUGAGUUUCUGCCCUCUGAAUUUGGGGGAACCCUUCCUCCUUACGAUAUGGGAACUUGGGCCCGGACAUUACUCGGUCCCGACUAUAGUGAUGAAAAUGACUAUACACACACUUCCUAUAAUGCAAUGCAUGUAAAACACACAUGCUCCAACCUGGAGAGGGAGUGCUCACCCAAGCCAAUGAAGAGAUCUCAGUCUGUGGUAGAAGCUGGGACGCUGAAACAUGAGGAGAAGGGAGAGAGUGAGAAUACACAGCCUCUGCUGGCUCUUGACUGAGCCCCCAUCUCUGAUCUCCCGCUCACCAGCCUUCAGUGGAUCAGCUAUCCGGGAAACACGUGUGCAACCGACCACACAAACGUGCGCUCUGCUUGAGACGAGGUCCUCCACUCCUGCCCCCCAGCCAUGACUGUCACCAGCCAUCGGUCUGAACAGCCAAAGUUGGACAAAGACUUGAGGUUCCCCCCACCCUUGGGAGAGGGGAUUGGAGGAUGAAGCAAGCCAUUUAUGUAAAACAAGAUUCUUCCCACAUACUUAUGAAACGUAAUGAAUUUAAAACGUGAAAGACUAAAUUCAAUGCACACACUGUAUUAGGACAAAGAUUUUUCUGGGAAAUCCCACAGGGACCUUCUCUGGGUUUUAUAAAUUAAGAUGAAGUGCAUUUUGAAAUAAAUACACCACAGUUAAACUGUGCAGACACAAUUGUCAAAUUUAAUGUAGUGCAGAGCCCUGAGACAAUAGUAGCUCCAGUAAUUUUCAUUCUUUAUGAAUUAUUUUCUCUGACCUCAUCACCAGCAUCAAAGUGUUCAGCCUAAGAGCAUGUUCUCAUAGGUCUGGCUAUUUUCAAAGUUUUAUUUUGAUAUCCUGCAAAAAAUGAUUUUGAUGUACCAUUAUUUGUCAGGCUACCAGCUGACAUACAUGAGUUGACUUGAAAACAAGGCACAGGCAGGUUGAAAUAUGAUUAUUUUAUCUUAGCAAAUCCCAUCAGUCCAGCUUGUGUCUAUACACAGGAGGAGUCUCAUAAAAACACAUGUCAGUGAGAAUGAGCCCAUGCAAGGUAGUUCACCUGGGUCACUACAGCAAAGGAGAGUGCUAGCAAAAUAUUUAAGUCCCCACCUUCCUACUAAGAUAUGGGGAAAGGCCUGGCCACUGCUGAGAGAGUUGACAGUUAAUCAUGAUGCAAGCCCUCUAAGGAUGGCUCAACAUGAGCUAAGGGAAGACUGGGAAAGCAGGAUGAAAUGCCAAAGACCCUCUACUUUCUUAUCUCCUCUCCUUAGAAAUUGACUCCUCAACAUCCACUAAAAGGAAACCAGAUAUAAAGACAUGAAAGGGGAGGACAUUCUUGUCUGUGCCAUGUUUCCAUAGACCUGUUGCAAAGUUUCAGAUAGCUCUUAUUUCUUUAGCCAUCUGCAUGACAAGGACAUUUACUAGUAUGACCAAUCGGUGCUCAAUGUCAGCUAAAGUGUGUCAGUUUAUAAUGGUCAGCAAAAUAUGAUCCGACAUUUUAAGUAUUUGUGAAGUAUAUGUGGUAGCUGAACAAUAUAAAAGAAAGAGGUAAUUGACUCCACUUUUUAAAACUGGCCAUUAUCACUCCAGUGGCUUAUCAUGUCUCUCUCUCUGGAUCAAGCCCAGAGCCUUGUACCUGCUAGGCAAAUGCUCUGUCACUGAGCCACAUAACUAGCUGUACACUCUUUCUCAAUGAAUCUAUUGUUUUAACUUUUUCUACUGGUAAAGAAUAACAACAGAAGCUAUUUUUAUGUUCUAAACUUGAAGAAGCAAAAUUGAAACAGAAUUAAAAAUAUUUCUGACACAAUUGCAUCACAGAACAAAAUAAGACCAAUUCAUUUUGUAUAGACAUUUCAAAUGACAAAAUAAUAACCCUGAAAUAAUUCUACCAAGGUAGUGGCUGAAAAAAUUUUCUGACGUACUGUGACAUAAGAGAAAGAAAGAAUUAAAGUGCAUUAGAAAAUCCAUUUUAUUGCUUGGGUUCAUAAAAAUAGAUGUGGGAUUCAAGUACUCAAAAUGUUAUUGGAAUCAAUGAAUAUCAGCCCUUUGUAACAGUAAUAAUACUCCUGGCAAUAUUUAGAGUCUUACUGUAGUGACCCUGUUUUAAAUGCCAUGUUAUAUCUACUAAGCUAAAAGCUAGUUUUUACUCAUUUCCAUAAUUUCAUUACAUGAAUGUAAGAGGAUGGUUUAACAAUGAGGACUUAUGGUUUGGAUACACUCGAUAUACUUGGAGAAUCAAACUCAGUGAGUGACAGGAAUGUUUCUAUCUGAGCACUGAAUGGUAUUGCCCUUGUCAGUAAUAUCCCAUUUAAUAAAUACUGAAGAACACAAAUA